AUGUCCAAGUCAAUGUGGUGGUCAAACCUUGCUACUCCGGUCCAUUUGCAAGGGCAUUUCGUGUGGCAAAUCAGAAUAUCUACGUGCACACGUCCGCCCAGGCCAGCCAAAGGAGUUAUUCAGAAUCGCCGUUCGGCUAGUGGGCGAGCUCGAAAUUCCCUGUUUGGCCAGGAAUUUGUGCGAACACUUGGGUUGAUGAGAGACGAUGAUGAAGACUGGACGCUGCAGAAACAGAAGGCCUACAUCCAUCAGAGACUGGAUGAUCCUAAAAUUCCUACAACUGCGCAGUCUACCCGGACUUUUUCCCAGAUUCACCGGUUUUUCGCCUUUUGCGGGAGGUCCUGUGCCGUGACUACUUAG